AUGGAUUAUCAUCGUCUUCCUCUGCUGCUGUGGACCUGCUGCUUCCUGCCAGAUCUUCAGCUCGGCUUCAACUUUGACACCAAGAACUUCAAGAUGUUCUCCGGUUCUAAAGAAAACCAGUUUGGAUACACAGUCCAGCAGCAUGAGGCGGGAGGACGCCAGUGGUUGCUGGUUGGAGCUCCCUUUGAAUCCACGGGGAAGCAGCAGACUGGUGAUGUGUUCAGGUGCCCGCUGGACAUCAGGAACUCUGCAAACUGCAGCAAGCUGAACCUGGGUAAACUCUCUGUGGACAACGUGUCGGAGAGGAAGGACCAGAUGAGGCUGGGCAUGACGCUGACCUCCAACCCACGAGACGGCAGCUUUGUGACCUGCGGCCCGCUCUGGUCCCAUGAGUGUGGGAGCUCCCUCUACAGCACCGGAGUCUGUUCCAGGGUCAGCCGGAGCUUCAGACUGUCCCACAGCAUCGCACCCGCCCUGCAGAGAUGUGAGACGCUGAUGGACAUCGUGAUCGUGGUGGACGGUUCUAACUCCAUCUAUCCGUGGUACGAGGUCCAGGACUUCCUCAUCACCAUCCUGCAGAAGUUCUACAUCGGCCCGGGUCAGACGCAGGUGGGUGUGGUUCAGUACGGAUCCACGGUGGUCCAUGAGUUCGGUCUUGGUGAUUACCAGACGGUGGAGGAGGUGGUGGAGGCCGCCAGGGGCAUCGACCAGCGGGGCGGCGAGGAGACGAGGACGGCGCUGGGCAUCAACGUGGCGCGGUCGGAGGCAUUCAGGCGUGGCGGUCGACCCGGCGCUCAGAAGGUGAUGAUUGUGAUCACGGACGGAGAAUCUCACGAUAGUCCGCAGCUGGUGCAGGCCGUCGCCGACAGCGAGCGAGAGAACGUCACCAUGUAUGCCAUCGCUGUUCUGGGUUAUUACAACCGCCGAGGAAUCAACCCCGAAGCCUUUCUGAAGGAAAUCAAGUUCAUCGCUAGCGACCCGGAUGAGAAGCACUUCUUCAAUGUGUCGGACGAGUCGGCGUUGAAGGACAUCGUGGACGCGCUGGGAGAGAGGAUCUUCUCUCUGGAAGGAACCAGCAGUCAGGGCCGAGGGUUCGGCCUGCAGAUGGCUCAGGCGGGUUUCUCCUCACAUUUAGUCAAAGACGGCGUUCUGCUCGGGGCGGUCGGCGCCUACGACUGGAACGGCGCCGUGCUCAAAGAGACCAAACACGGCAAAGUGGUUCCACCCAAAUCCUCCUAUCAGGACGAGUUCCCAGAGGAGCUGAAGAACCACGCAGCUUAUCUGGGCUACUCGGUGGGUUCCCUCACUUCAUCUCGCGGCUCUCAGCUCUACGUGGCCGGAGCGCCGAGGUUCAACCACACCGGGAAGGUGAUCGUCUUCAGCCUGAAGAACACCGGGAACCUGACCAUCCUGCAGGCGCUGCUGGGGGAGCAGAUUGGCUCAUAUUUCGGCAGUGAGUUGCUAUCGAUGGACAUAGACGACGAUGGACGAACGGACGUCCUGGUGGUGGCAGCGCCCAUGUUCUACAGUCAAGGCUGGGAGAGAGGGAAGGUCUACGUCUACUCGGUUACUCCACAGACAUCGUUCAUCCUGCAGGUGGCGCUGGAGGUUUCUGACUGCUCUCAGAACUCCCGGCUGGGUUCGGCAUUGGCCCAGAUACCCGACAUGAACGGGGACGGGUUCAGAGAGCUGGUUAUGGGGGCGCCGCUGGAGGACGACCACCAGGGGGCGGUCUACGUCUUUUAUGGCCAGGACAAAACCAUCCAACACCAGUACAGACAGCGUCUGUCUGCAGCCGGGUUUUCUGUGGGCCUGCAGUAUUUCGGUCAAAGUCUUCACGGGGUUCUGGAUGUUAAUGGAGACGGACUUGUCGACCUCGCUGUGGGAGCACUGGGAGCUGCUGUCAUCAUCUGGUCUCGUGGCGUGGUGCGGAUUCAGGCCACGCUGGUCUUUGAACCAGAGAAGGUCAACGUCUUUCACAAAGACUGUCGUCGAGGUGGGAAGGAGGUCACGUGCAUGUCCGUUAACGUCUGUCUGAGUCUGGAUGCCAGGACGAAGACCAGGACAAAGACCAGGACGAAGACCAGGACGAAGACCAGGACGGACGUUGCGGUUUGGUUCAAUCUGGUGCUGGACGAGAGGCGUUUUCCUCCUCGAGCUGUUCUGGACGAAUCGGACCGCCAGCAGCAGAGUCUGUUUCUGCAGGUCGGAGGUCAGAGCUGCCGACGCCUCGGCUUCUCCAUCCAGGAGACGACUGAUUACGGGCGUCCAAUUGCGGUUUUCCUGGAGACGGGCCUGAGGAGUCCAGACGAGGGGCCGGUGUUGGACCCCGACUGGCCGAGUGUGCUGAGGGCCGAGCUUCCCUUCUGGAACGGCUGUGAGCAGGAAGUCACCUGCGUUCCCGACCUCGUUCUCUCCGGUCACACCGACCUCAUGGAUGUUCAGCAGUUCUGCAGCUCGCAGGCCGCCUGGUCGCUCUGCAGCCACCGGGUGGCGCCGCAGGGCUCGGAGCGCGUGGUGGAGGCCAGUAGGAGGAGGAUGGUGGUGUUUGCUCGGCUGGGGAAUCAGGGAGAGAACGCUUAUGGAGCCGCCAUCCAUAUCUCCACCUCCUCCAACCUCCUCUUCUCCAGCCUCAUAGUCAAGGACCAAUCAGACAUUCAGAUUGAGUGCUUUUCUGAGGACAGACUGGCCAAUCAAAGGAGCUGUAACAUCAGCGCUCCAUUCAUGAAGUCCUUGUCUCAGGUUUCCUUCCGCGUGGAGUUCGAGUUCAGCCGUUCCGUCUUCUUGGAUCACGUCCGGGUCUUCAUGGCCGCCGGCAGCGACGGAGAGGAGGGAUACCCAGACGACAACAUCAAUGACAUCUUCCUCCCUCUGAAGUACCAAACUGACCUCCUCUUCACCAGAGACCCGAACCCUCCUCGUUUUGAGAUCAGAUCUGCAGACAGCUCCUCCUCCUCCUCCUCCUCCUCCUCCUCCUCCUCCUCCUCCUCCUCCUCCUCCAGAGACCAUCCAGACAGCAGCUCUCUUGCCUUCAACCUCACGUAUUAUAUCCAGAACCUGGGCAUCUUCCCGGUGCAGGACGUCCUGUUCAGGGCUGACAUCUGGGCGGUGACCCGGCGGGGCCACCAGCUGGUCAGCAUCACAGACUACAGCAUCCAGCAGGUCACUGGGUCUCACUGCAUGCUGCCUCAGCCCAGAACAGCCAAUCAGGUGACAGCUGAGGACCUGUCUCACCUGACUCAGCUGAACCUCAGCAACAGUGCCAGCGUGGCGGUCCAGUGCCGACUGAACCUGCCGACCUCUGAAGAGCUGAAGGUGACGCUGGGAGGACGACUGCUGCUCCCCGCCCUGCUCGCUGUGAGCUUCAGGUCCUUGGAGCUCCUGAGUGCUGCCUCCAUCCAGCUGGAGGCCUCCAGCUCUAUGUUCCUCCAGGAGGACCGACCUGUCAGAGAGAUGGUUCUGGAGUUCAGGAAGAACCAGGACUACGUCGUCCCCGUCUGGAUCAUACUGGGAAGCUCACUGGGAGGCCUGCUGCUGCUGGCCUUACUGGUGCUGGCCCUAUGGAAGCUCGGCUUCUUCAACCGCCGGAGGGGGCGGGAGGAGGAGCAGCCGGUAGCCAAUGGGAAGGCAGCAGAGAAGCUGUGA